CUACUACUGCUACUACCACAGCGGUUGCUAUUUUGCAAGGAAUAUAAACAAGACGGGUAGAGUAGGGUAGGUAGGGCCGCAGUGGCGUGAUGAAGAAGGAAAGAACGAAAGAAAGAAAGGAUGGAAGGAAGAAGGAAAGGUCGAAAUUGAACCGAAAACAGAGAGUCGAUCCGGGUAGCAGACCCUUGUUUCUGAGGCUACCGGAGUCGUAAUAUUUACAUACAGAAAGAAGGCAGAGUUGAGAGUUCUUAAGUUUUUGUUUUUGUUGUUUGUAUUGGAUAAAUGAAAAUACCGGGUAAAGCAGUCUAAGGAGGAUAGCAGCGAACGGCAGCGGGUAGCGUCGGACCAUUUUCGUAUGGGACAGUAACCGAAAAAACAACAACAACAACAACAACACCAGCAAACCCACCGCAUACAUACGUUAGAAAAUUUUUAUACGGGAUCAUUCGAACGGUGGAGUUUCUUCAGUCGCGCGGACACACGGAAACCCUCAGCGGCCAAACAGCAUUCACAGAGCCUGCUGCUGCCAGGGAAGGACACAUUUAAAUAGGAAUGCCGAGGAUCAAAUACCAGCGGUUGGGGCCGUCCCUGGACAACACUCAUGCCGGACAUGUAACCGCAAGGCUUCAGGAUAUAUUACUUCUAAUACUUCUACUGUUGGUCACUUUCUCCGGCCACUCAGUGUCCGCCGAAUAUGAUGAUACGAAUGGAUGUCAUGAAAGAAUUCAAAAAGCAUCAUCUUCUGAAAACCAGCCAUUCGAGGGACAAGCUACCAGGGGUUAUGUUAUUAACUCCUUGAAAGUACUUAGGCAAAUUUCUUCGCAAGAAUGUCUCCCCAAUGUAAUGUAUGGGUACACGCUCACAUCAUGGUGGGUGAAAAAGGGAUGCAUUGCAAAGUUUAAAAUAGAAGAAUGUCAUCUUGCCGAUUGUGUCAUACGUACUCGAUCAGGGAGCAAUCCUUAUUUCGUCCUCACUUUCCACCCUGCGACACCGGGCUUUCGUAUAAAACUUGUUAGUCUAUGGAAGCAGACAUCCUACCACCCCUGCCGGCCUGGUUCCACUUUAUUCUACAAUGAAACGAUGUGGUGGCUUGACAAAGGAUGCGAGGGCAGGUUUCAAAUUCUUGAAUGCCCCUUACUUCCGAUCGAUUACGCCUUGACACCAACUGAAGCGCCCGGAGGGAGUCUGGAAGUAAACGAAAAUCACAAGAGCAACAGGAAGCAUUUUAAAUUCGACGCCGACACUAUAUCCCCGGGCUAUUACCCGAGCGAAAGAAGGAAAACCGUACAAGAGAGGAGAGGCAACGAUCGAAAACAACAAACACACGAAGUAGAAGCUUCCGGUAACGUUCAUCCACUUACAAUGGAGAAGAGUGACACAACCACUGCCAGCCGUCAAGAAGGCAACAGCUCUCCAGCACUUUUGAUCACGACGUUGUUGUUAGUUGUCGCCCUUGGAAUACAUAUGCUUCUGUAACUGUAUAUAUAUAUAUAUAUAUUAAAAAAAAAAUGCAAAUAUAGUAAAAAUAUCAAAUAAAACAAUAAAAAAGCAACAAUAACUAAACAGAAACGAAAUAAAACGAGGAAAAAA